AUGUCUCACGAAUCCGUCUGGAACUCCCGCCCUCGUGGCUACGGCAAGGGUGCCCGCUCUUGCCGCGUCUGCACCCACCGUGCCGGUCUGAUCCGCAAGUACGGCCUCAACAUCUGCCGUCAGUGCUUCCGUGAGAAGAGCGCCGACAUUGGCUUCCAAAAGGUGCGACCCGAUCCAGACCCCCCGUCGCAAAGCAGCUUCGACCGAGACGAACGAUAG